AUGAGAAUGCCAAAUGACCCCACUCACCUACAGCACGAGAGGAAGCCUCCAUUAUGUCAAAAUAAAAGGCGAAAAAGAAAACUGGAACCCGAUAAAAAUAUGGGAGGUACACCCCUACGAGAAGGAACUGUAUGUGCUUUACUACGUCAAGCGGAAAGUGGGGCGGUUGUAGCCCUUAUCUCCACUAUAACAGAAGGUGUACUGCCAGAGGCAAGGUCCCAGUCGAGAACCAUGCACAUGUUGAGGAGGUCCACGAGAGAACUUUCCAGGAGGUACUUCUCCAGCCAGCUCCCGGAACCCCAGAGAACACCCAAGAUCCCCAAGACGCAAUUGUUCAUUAACAAUGAGUGGGUGGAUUCACUUUCAGGAGAAACUUUUAAAACAGUCAAUCCAACCACCAGUGAAGUCAUAGCCGAAGUACAAAAAGGAGGCAAGAGUUUGGAAGCACUUGAAUGUGGUAAGGUGUACAGUGCCACUCUUAAAGGAGACUUGCCAUGGGCAGUGAGGAACCUCCGCUACUUUGGAGGCUACGCAGAUAAAAAUAAUGGCAUUACUGCUGCAAUCGAUGGAAACUUCGUUACCUACACUCGCCAUGAACCAGUAGGAAUUUGUGGACUCAUAACUGCAUGGAAUUUCUCAAUUCUCAUGGUUUCAUGGAAACUUGCCCCAGCACUUGCAGCAGGUUGUACAAUGGUGUUAAAACCUUCACAACAUACAAGCCUUGCUGCCCUCCAUGUAGCAGAGCUAGUAAAGGAGGCUGGAUUUCCUCCAGGUGUAGUUAAUUUUGUGCCAGGUUUUGGAGAUGUAGGCAGUGCCAUGGUGAACCACCCAGAAGUUGACAAAAUAUCCUUUACAGGGUCUACUGAGGUCGGGAAACAAAUAUUCAAAAAUGGUGCAGAUAACAUGAAAAGAUUAACAUUGGAGCUUGGAGGAAAGUCACCAAAUAUCAUACUGCCUGAUGCGGAUAUUGACAAUGCAGUUGAACAUGCUCAUUAUGCAGCUUUCCACAACAUGGGACAAUGCUGUUGUGCUGGUUCGAGAACAUUUGUUCAUGAAUCCAUUUACGAGGAAUUCCUAGAAAAAUCGAAGGCCAGAAUAAAAUCUAAACGAGUUGGAGAUCCAUUUGACUUAAAUGUUGAACAUGGACCACAGGCAACAAAAGAACAACUGGAUACUGUUAUGAAGAUGAUAGAGUCAGGAAAGAAAGAAGGUGCUAAUAUCGAAGUUGGAGGAAAUAGAAUAGACAGGCCUGGAUUCUUUGUAGAACCAACAUUGUUUACUAAUGUAAAAGAUGAUAUGACCAUAGCUAAAGAAGAAAUUUUUGGACCAGUUCAACAAAUAAUAUCUUACAAAACUAUAGAUGAAGUAAUAGAAAGGGCAAAUAAUACUGAAUACGGCCUUGCAUCCUCAAUUUACGGACAAAAUUUAGACCACAUUAACACCAUCAUGCAAGGUCUCCGAGCAGGCUCAGUUUGGGUGAAUUGUUACUUCAUAAUCACACCACAAACACCAUUCGGAGGCUAUAAGAUGUCUGGUCUAGGACGUGAAGGAGGACCUUAUGGCAUCGAAGCGUUUACUGAAAAUGAUAUAAAUAUUGCUGUCGAAGCUGCAAAUAAGGCUUUUGAAUUAGGCUCAGAAUGGAGGACAAUGGACGCAUCAAAGAGAGGUCUUCUAUUGCACCGGUUAGCAGAUUUGAUGGAAAGAGAUCAGCUUUAUCUUUCAAGUUUGGAAACAUUGGACAAUGGAAAGCCUUUUUCCAUGUCGUACAAUGUUGACGUCCCCAUGAGCAUUUCAGUCAUCAGGUACUAUGCUGGAUGGGCAGACAAGAACCAUGGAAAAACAAUUCCAACUGAUGGAAAUUUCCUAUGCUUUACUCGGCAUGAGCCAGUUGGUGUUUGUGGACAGAUAAUUCCAUGGAACUUUCCUCUAGCUAUGUGUACUUGGAAAAUUGCACCUGCACUUGCUACUGGCAAUACAGUAGUCUUGAAACCUGCUGAACAGACUCCAUUGACAGCUUUAUAUGUGGCAGAACUAAUAAAGGAAGCAGGUUUCCCUCCAGGAGUAGUUAAUAUUGUUCCUGGCUUCGGAGAUGCUGGUGCAGCGAUAGUCGAACAUCCUGACGUUGGUAAAUUAGUUCAGCAAGGAGCAGGAAAAUCAAAUUUAAAACGUGUCACAUUAGAACUUGGUGGAAAAUCACCUAAUAUUAUUCUUGAUGAUUGCGAUCUUGAUCUUGCUGUUGAAGGAGCACAUUUCGGAACCUUCUUUAACAUGGGACAAUGUUGUUGUGCAGGAACAAGAGUCUAUGUACAAGAAGGAAUUUAUGAAAAAUUUGUGGAAAAGAGUAAGCAACGUGCUCAGAAGCGAGUUGUUGGUAAUCCUUUUAAAGUUGAAACUGAGCAAGGACCACAGAUCGAUGAAGAACAGUUAAACAAAAUUUUGGGUUACAUUCAAACUGGGCAAAAAGAAGGAGCAAACUUAGUAACUGGUGGUUCAAGAGUUGGUAAUGCAGGAUAUUUUGUUGCGCCAACCAUCUUUUCUGAAGUUACUGAUGACAUGACGAUUGCCCGGGAGGAGAUUUUUGGACCAGUUCAACAAAUUUUGAAAUUCAAAUCUCUCGAUGAGGUUAUACACAGGGCAAAUGAUUCCAAUUAUGGUUUAGCUGGAGCAGUAUUUUCAAAUAACAUUAAUAAUAUAAACACCAUUAUCCAAGGUCUUCGGGCAGGAACUGUUUGGGUUAACACCUAUAAUACAAUAACUGCCCAGGCGCCUUUUGGAGGAUAUAAAAUGUCUGGAAGUGGGCGAGAAUUGGGAGAAUAUGGUCUUAGUGCAUACACCGAAGUUAAAACUACUUUUAUUGCUGUGCCUGAGAAAAAUUCUUAAAAUAAUUUUUAUUUUAUGUUUUCCAUGUUAUUAUUGUGAUAUAAUGUGCAAAUGUUGAAUAUUUUCAUUAAAGAUUUUGUAUAUAUAAUAUGAAAGAUGGUAACUUUUAUAAUGAUUAUCAUGUUUCACUUUUUAAUAAUAUUGUACCAAUUUUUUGUAUUGCUAUAAAAAUAUUUUUGUUAAUAUGAUUAAUAAAAAAAAUCUUAUAAAAUUUGUAA